AUGUCGAUGAGCUUCUUGAGCAUGGUGGAGGCGGAGCUGCCACCGGGGUUCCGGUUCCAUCCGAGGGACGACGAGCUCAUCUGCGACUACCUCGCGCCCAAGCUCGGCGGCAAGGUCGGCUUCUCCGGCCGCCGGCCGCCCAUGGUGGAUGUCGACCUCAACAAGGUCGAACCAUGGGAUCUCCCCGUUGCGGCAUCCGUGGGGCCUAGGGAGUGGUAUUUCUUCAGCCUCAAGGACAGGAAGUACGCGACAGGGCAGCGGACGAACCGGGCUACGGUGUCGGGCUACUGGAAGGCGACGGGGAAGGACCGGGUGGUGGCGCGGCGAGGGGCGCUGGUGGGGAUGAGGAAGACGCUGGUGUUCUACCAGGGGAGGGCGCCCAAGGGCAGGAAGACCGAAUGGGUGAUGCAUGAGUACAGGAUGGAGCCUGCUCUUGACCAAUCCUACUCCUCCAACUUCUCCUCCAACUCCAAGGAUGAAGAUUGGGUGCUGUGCAGAGUCAUCUGCAAGAAGAAACUAGCGGGAGGCGGCGGCAGCUCCAAGGCAUCAAGGAGCCUCACCAGCAGUGGCGGCCGCGAGACCGUGCCAACCACGUCGCCACCACUGCCACCCCUCAUGGACACUACCCUAGCACAGCUCCAGGCCGCCAUGAACACCACCGGCGCCGGCGCAAUCCAGCAGGUGCCCUGCUUCUCCAGCUUCAACAACAUUGCCAGCAACGGCAACGGCAAUGGCAACAGCGCUGCAGCAGCAGCUCAGUCAUGCUACCUGCCCAUGGCUACAGGCGGCAGCCAUGGCAUGAGCUACCUGGACCAUGGCCUGCUGCCUGAACUGGGCGGCUGCUUUGAUCCUCUCAACAGCGACAAGAAGCUGCUCAAGGCAGUGCUGAGCCAGUUCGGCGGUGACGUGGUGCCAAGCCUGCAGCAUGAGAUGGCCGCUGCCACUGCCACUUCCUCCACUUGGAUGAGUCACUUUUAG